ACUUCUGAGAAAGCAACAUCUGUGGCACGUAACUGAAGCUGGGCAUAGUGAGUCUUCUCUCUGAACCAUGCAAAUCUCUUGGUUAGAACCGAGUAUCGCACUCUUCGUGGCGCAGCUGAAUUUCCUUCUGAUAUGCUGUUGUUAUUGCUGGACUAAGAAAAAGGGCAGAUGUCAGAACAACAGCAGCCACAGUGAAAAUCGUCCGUCUCAACACGUCAGGGCGGCUGUUACUUCAUCUUCGUCUUCCUGUACUACCAGAGAUCCGCUAAGUCCUCCUGCAGCCUUUCUGGUUCCUAGAACACAAGCUAUCGACAGAAGUAAACUUCACUUUCCGCCAAGAUACGCUGGAAUGAAACAAUGCCCUCCGACUAGGCUUGUCACCAAGAGCUCCUUGACACCGUUUCAUGGUAGGGUUGCUGGCACCGGAGACUAUGAAACGCUGAAGACACCGCCCUCCGAACCAAACUCUCCUAAAGACUUAGUUCCAGAAAAUCACUCUCUCCAGAAUGAAACUCCAGCAUAUAUCGCACCUCGGGUCCCAUCUGCAGCAAAACCUCAACUGAAGUCCUCAAUACGAGUACCUCACGCACCUACUCCAGUAGGACUUCCACAGUCUGCAACUGCAGAAAGCCUUCCACCUCAGCCUCCCACCCCAGGAAGGCUUCCUCCCCAACCUCCUACCCCAGAAUGGCUUCCAUCUCAACCCCCAACAUCGCCAGAUAUUCCACCGCAACCUCCAUUCACACCAAACCUCGGGUCUGAGACUCGGCUCCCGUCUGCAAAAAGACUACCACUCCCUCCUAGCCAACCGCCCCAAAGACCUGACCGCCACGUAAUCAACAGCGAAGCGGGCACUGCGACAAUUGCGAUUGUUUUUCCUUCUGAUCAAGUCAAUCUAAGGAAUGCCAGUCAGACUCCCUUUCGGGCACGACCCGUGACGCAAGCAAUUCUCGAAAUCAACAAAAAAAUUGAAAUCAAAUUGAAAAUGAGAGUGUGACUGUAAAGAUAUCUUUGGAAGUUACAGUUUAUUUUUAACUCCGCCAAAGAGGUUAUGAUCUCCGUAGCGUAGGUUAGUUUGUUUCUUUGUUUUUGAUUGGUUCACAGGAUAACUAAAAAGUCAACUUGUGACGGCCUAACAUAUGCCAUUGAAUUUUGGGAGUGAUCUGGAUCAUGAUCCGGAUCAAGGAAUUCUUUACAGGUUUGUCUUUACGGAUGUCACCAGUGUAAUUGAGAGAGUAAUGAUUUUUAUGUGAUUUUUCGUGUUGUUUAUUAUUGCAUCAGUAAACCUAUUGCCUUGGCAUAGGUAUGUGCUCUCUGAGUGUUUCUAGUUGUUAUUAUUAUUACUAGUAGUAGUAGUAGUAGUGGUGGUAGAAUCGGCACACUAAAUAUUCUGCAGACACGACCGAUAAUACCUCAAAUAAAGGCAGAGCCUCCCCCCCCCCACUGUUUCUUACCUUUUAUCGAGGCGAUGAUGCACUUGGCAUGUUGGUGAUAACUGAUGGGAGGUUUAUAGCAUAGUCAUCUGAGAGCGACUCGGAUUUAGUACAAUGAUUUGAAAUAAAGUUAUGUUAGUCGGAUAAGUUGCAUUUAAUUCAUUAUGGCCAACCUUUUAUGUACACCUUCGCUGAAAAAAAGAAAAGAAAAGAAAAAUGUAAAGCCACAGUGAUUCUCUCGAUCUUUCUUUUUCUAACAAUUAAUUUCAUUUACUAUUUUUGUGCGAUAUUCUGUAUCUUUGAUUGUUUCACUUUAUAAGUCUUAAAUCGUGAUUUGAAAGAAUA